CUGAAUGAUAAAAUUGUUAAGAAACCUUCACCAAGGUUAAUAGACUAUGUCGUAUUCGUUGGUAAAAGGCAUCCCAGCCGACACGGACAACCUGUUUCCCAGCCCGAAUUAUUGAGAGUCUAUCCUCCACAGAAUCACGAUGACUUUGCACUCCCAAGUGACGUUAUUUUUUUCUGUCAACCAGAAGGUUGCUAUAAUACGUCCUCAACAUCUUUUUGUUUCACUUUCAUGCUAACUGAUAAGGAGUCUAACACUGCACGCUUUGGUGUUUGCUUAAAUUUCCUUCGUCCAAUAGGACGCCGGAAAUCUAAUUAUAUUGCCGAAGUUACUCGUGGAUGUCAUCAUCUUGAUCGUCCUGAGCGACCAUACACCCACACUCUUACGUCCAUUUGUUUGGUUUCUCGUUAUCAGUUCUGCAAAAAGUUUCAGAGAUGUCUACAGUUCCUGUAUACUCUUAUACAAAAACAAACAGUCUGGUCAGUACUUACGGGAGCAAUCGAGUCAGCUGAAAUACCGGCUGUAAGGAAGAGCGUUGAGGAAAUUGAUACGUGGAUCCUUCGGCUUUUAAGUAUACCAGCCCCCGUAUUCGGUAGGACAGCUAUCCACGUGAGUUAUUAUCCGCCUGACCUCGCCAAACCAAUAAUUUUUGCACUUCCUGACAAGCAUAGGUUUUCGUUAGUGGAUUAUCCCCUCCAUUUGCCACUGAGCUUGUUGGGCAUCGAAAAGUUUAUAAAGGUCUUUUUCUCACUUCUGCUUGAACAAAAGAUCGUUUUGGAAUCAUCCCACCACGAACGGCUGACUACCUGUGUGAUGUCUUUCACCGCCCUCUGUUAUCCUCUUCAGUACCUUUUCACCGUCAUUCCUCUCUUGCCCUCUUCUCUAAAAGGCGCUGAACAGCUCCUACAGGCCCCCUCGCCAUACAUUAUAGGCAUACCACGAAACUUUCGGGACUCCCGCCCCUCCCUACAACUCCCCAAAGACGUCCUCCUAGUCGAUUUGGACACCCAAGAAGCUCUGGCUGGACUGCGUGGUCUUCGCGAUGAGACGUCAGGAGUGGGCGUUUCGAGGAAAGACAAAAUAACCUCAAAAAGCCAUUCGCUAAACCUGGAACUCAAUUCGCCCGAUUUCCUUUUCCCUGAUCUUGAUGAGGAUUCACUUAAUGUGGCCAUUCGCGUUGCCAUGGUGCGCUUCUUCAAGUCCCCAUACCUACUUGGGGGAUUCACUGACCACACAAGAACGGUCCGGCUAUACCCUCGACCCGUUGUUGCCUUCCAAUAUGAAAGGUUUAUGAAGUCUCGCCCUGACCCCGCUCCCUUCACCAUUGUCCUCGCCAGAACACAGGCAGUGGAGUACUUUGCCGAGUGGUCAUUGAUGCCGGAUAACUUGGUGUACCAAAAAAUUGGCGACGAUGUCUUUCGUCCAUCAGAAAUCGGAGACAAAGACCAAUGGUUCAGCGACGACUUGAUGAUAGUUCCAUUCCAGCUAUGGACGGAGCGCUUCGAUCGUGGUCUUUUAAGACCAGUUGUCGAGUUGCUUUCCUCUACUCCGCACCAAGGUUGCUGGUCUGCCAGCAAGCAGCUGAAAGUCAACGAUUCGUCCUCAGCAACUACGUUUUCGGCGUCGGUUUCUUGCGAAAUCGGCAUUUCCAGUGACUCUGAGACCCCUACAGGUUAUUAA